AAUAGGGCAUUCCCGUGCCGGAGUUGAGCAACGGUUGAUGAUGUUUGCAACACAGCCCAAGCCCUAUAACUACCGACUGCCACCACCCACGAGCUGACCACGUUCUUGUCAGCAUUUAGAGUCAAUAAACUGCACUGUAGGUUUCACCACUUUGACGAAAUUUUUGUUCUGGAGUUGCACAGCCUGUCGAGUCUCAAAUGUUCGAGAAAAUGCAGCGAACAUUGGGCAGCAAAUUCCGAAUUCCGAGGAACAAGUCGAUGAUACUAUUCCAUGACUGUUGCGCUUGAGGGUACUUCUUCAGCUUAGAAAAGAAUGUGGGAAAACUCGAGACCUCGAUUGCGAUUGAUGAGGGUGCUGAGACAAGUCUAUUCAAAUAAACUUGGAACGCUUCCUGAACAACUAUUAUGGUCCUCGUGUCAAAUGGUCUCGAGUUUCUUUGGCUCAAGAGUUACAAAUAACGACGCAGUCUCCCAACUCAUUCGGCGGAUAUUGCAAAGAUCAUCUUCGUUUGAUGGUCCCAAACCAUUGAUGCUACUUGCUCUCGACACAAGAGAUGAUUAUGUUCAUCCCUUGUCUUUUAAUGUUUCAAUGAAUUUGGAGAUAGUUCUAACUUCAUGACGGCUGCGCUAACGAAUCUGCCAAGCUCUGACGCUACCUUACCUUGCGUUACCUCGAGUUUGCCUCGGCCCUCCGCAUCUGUUCUAAAACCAUGUGCCAUGAUACCCUCACUUCCCUGAUUUGAGACGCUUAACCAUUCAGGUGCUUACCAAUACAAGGACCUGCAUAUCGUGGACCAGCUAGACCCUUUUUUGUGGACAGCAAACGGAGACUUGGAAAGAUGGUGGACAACUGCAGGACAACGGAGCAAACAGAAAAGGUAAAAGGAAAAAGAUGACGUUUGAAUAAGAAUAAGGUACCUAUGUGGUGGCUUCGACGGUUCAUCAAUGGAACCGAUGUCCAUGAAAUCAAUGGCGAGCAGACGAGGUCCAAUAGUGACUGAUAGCGGAGUUUAAGCCCCCUGAUGGCUCGUGCGCCCUGUAGCAACCACCUGAAGUUGAGCCGGCUCAACUGGGAAUAGUGCGCCAUAGCAGAAGCAAUUACGUCGUAGGAGAUCCCCAAGACACAAACCAACGUCAACCUGCCUUCCAUUCCCCUUCCAGGUACCUAUACAUACCUUAAUCAACUCAACUCACCACACUCCACUGCUACUAAUCUUUCAUUUCGUCACCAAUUUCUUCCUUCUCCCACGCGACCAACUUCCUCAAAUCUUAUCGACUCGGUGCAGCCUCGUGUUGCUAUACUUUUAACCUACCUUUAAUCAAACUCCCCCCCUUUGCUAAUCAACGAACGACAUUUCAUACUGUACUCUACCUCCCGUUGCCACGUUUCCACUUGGUUACCGCCGAGGAACCAUCGCGCGAUACCACAAACCAUAACAACCUCAGCAUUUUAUUACCGCUACCACGAUAACAAGCCAAAAUGUCGGUCGAUAUCGAGCCGUUUGAGCUGUCCUUUAGACGCCCCUUCACCACCGAGGUCUCCCAGACCUUGACUCUAAAGAACCCCAACCCUACCCCCGUGGCUUUCAAGGUCAAGACCACUGCUCCCAAACAAUACUGUGUUCGACCAAAUGCAGGCCGCAUCGAGGCCGGCCAGAGCUUCGAUGUCUCUGUCCUUCUCCAGGCUAUGAAGCAGGAUCCCGCUCCUGACGCUAAGUGCCGUGACAAGUUCCUUGUCCAGUCCGCCCCGAUUACCGCCGAUAAGGAGUUUGCCAGCGUUGCCAAUGUCCUUGAAACGACCGAUAAAGCCCACCUUGUCGAGCGCAAGAUUCGAGUCAACUGGCUCGCGGCUGGUGAGGCCGACCAAGCUCCCAACCGGCCUAUCUCCACGCCUAACAAGCAAGCUAUUGCCAACGGUAUCAACGACACUCCCGACGUUUCGCGUACAUUUUCUUCACCUGGAAUUCGAGACGAGUCGCCCUCAUCCUCGGCAGCACCCCCUCCCUACCAAUCGCCCAAAGAAUCCACCUAUGAGGAUGAGAAACCCAAGUCUACCUACGAGGACUCCGAAGUCAAGAGCACUAUCACUCAAGCUACAACGGCCAUCAAGGAGACUGCAGAGCUGACCUAUGAGGAGCUUAAGGCUAAGCUUGCCCAGGCCGAACAGCAGCUUGUAGCUCUCAAGGAUAGCGGUCUUCGACAGCGCAAUGUCAAAUCCGCCUCCAGCGAUGAUGACAAACGACCUCUCGCCCAGACCGCCCAAGCUGUCACCCAAACCGUCGAAGGUGUUCCUGUGCAAAUGGCGGCCAUUCUUUGCUUGGUCAGCUUCUUGCUUGCCUACUUCUUCUUCUAGAAUUAAGGAGAAAGUGACAGCCCUUGGGUCUUUUCGACAAACGAAACUAAUAGACAGGCUUGACGACGCUCAUGAGAACUCAGCCGGAGACUUGGGAUCCCCGGAUGCAUAAAUCUUCAACGUACAGCGAGGCUAAAGCAUAGGAUCAGGAAGCAUAUCAUACGAUCGGCGUAACACUGCAGGAUUCGCAGCUCAGUACGAAUCGAAACCCACUGGGAAGGGUACCUUGGGGACAGUGGACCAUGUCUCUGGGCCAACGUGGUUUCGGUCAGCAGGGCUUUGAACGCAUUGCAGCUGGGGACGAAAGCUUCGUUGGGGAGUUUAAAAGCGAUGGGAGGAGGAUGUGGCUUCCGAGGCGGGAGCUUUGACUGUACACUCUUACCUUGAGCCUCUCGCGGCUCUCGUAUUUUCUUGUGUCGUAUUAUUCUGUUUGCGUUAACUGAUAAAUUCGGAGUUCUAACUUGUAUCUCUCAUCGACUCUCCUUUUCAUCUUUCGUGUUUUCCGGCCAACUGUAAGCUUAGCCGCUCGAGUAUUUACUUAUUACGGACUGAACGUCUAGAGUCGUUGCACAUAAACCAAAUGGUGAUAGCUCGUUACGUCACAGAGUCGGUCUCUGAGUUUUGUGAUCGCUCAAAACAUUGUAUUUGUCCAUACCCUAACGCCAUGCAAUAUCUGUGUCCUAUGGUCUAUUUGCCUGAAUCUAUGUUGCCUAGCUCAGACAAAAAUCUACCAAAAGCGGCCAGUUUUCGAGUUGAUCAUGGCCUUGAUAUGCUUUACCCCGUAUCACAAUAUGAAUAAAAACAGCUGCAUUACAACGA